GCUCCCGGGACUCCAGCCGCAAGUGGUAUCGUCUCCAUGGCGACGAGGCGUCCACAGCUCGCUGCUCCGAAACCCGAGCGAACCUCUAGCUGGGCCGGCCUUCGGCGACUGCCUUUCAGAUGAUCCGCUUGCGAGGGCCCCAAGCGGGUAAGAGGCGCCGCGGCAACUGCGGGUCUCCCUCUACCGGCCCCCGCGUGCAGCCGGACUCCCCUCUCACCUCGGACCACCCGGGCCCGGCGCCUGGCUCCGCCAACUUUUGUACACCCUCCAGGUUUGGGCUGUGCGGCCCCACGGCUGCCAGGCGGCACGCGAGAAGAUCUGGCCCUACACUUUGUAUUCCAGAAAUCCCUAGGAAUUAUCUAGAUAAGACAGAUGCUGUAAAGGCUCCAAAAUAUAGACAGAAUGGCAAGUUGCUGGUGGUUGCUCCAAAGGAAAAAGUGAUGAUUGAACCAAAUGAAACAAUGUCAGAAGAGAGUGGAAGAGAGGGGGAGAGACAGAAAGAGAAAGACACAUCGAUUGAUUGCCUCCCCCACGCACUCCGACCAGGGCAGGGACCAGGGCAGGCAUGGAGUCUGCAACCGAGGAAGAAAGUCUCUUCAAAAAAUAUUGAAAAUAAGGUCUUUUUAAAGAAUACUGAAAAUAGAGUAUCUUCAAAGAGUAUUGAACAUAAAGAUACAGAAACAAAUCUACAGUCAAAGCUAUGGUCAACUUCCUUCUUAAAAGAAAGCACAGGUGAGGUGGGCAAAAAUGAAGUCAUUGCAAAGCAGGAGAAAAAUAAUGAAAAUUGCCUUCAGGUUAUUGAUGAUAAAUUGUCUGAGUCAACAAAAGAUGAUGGUGAAGAUGACACCAGUGACAAAAGUAAUGAAGACAGUGGCCCAAAAAAGGACACUCGUGCCCCAUUAGAGUUAAUGGCAGAAUUCCUAAGAGCAGAAAUGAGCCAAGACUACCAUUUGGCUAAAAAAUUAUGUCAAAUGAUCCUAAUCUAUGAACCAGAAAAUCCUGAGGCCAAGGAGUUCUUAGUACUUAUUGAAGAAAUGUUGCUGAUGGAGAAAGCUCAAAAUCGUGAGGAAGAUGAGGAAGAUAGUGAAGAAGACAGUAGUGGGGAGAGUGAAGGAGAAAGCAGUGAGGAGCCGAGUGAAGAAAGCUCUGAUGAAUGUGAAGAUGGGUGAUGAAAGCAGAUGAGAAAACUGAGGCACAGAGAGGAUGGGUAGCUUGCCCCGGCAUCAUAUACCUAUUGAAUGGUAGAGCCUGGAUUUGUACAUGGACAUUAUAGCUCCAGAAUCAUACUCUUAGUCCCUCCAUGACCACCUCUUUAGGUAUUUUUAUAUCAUUUUUUUAUGUUCUUUAUAACAUAUAUCAGUACCUGACAUUCUUAUUUAAUUACUUGCCCUUUUUAUCUUCUCCCUUCCAGUCAGGAAAUGUAACCUCUUGAAGUACGACUUUGUCUUUUUCACCAUUGUAUUCCUAGCAACUGCACAAGUACCUGGAAAAUAAUAGGAUGUAUACACAAAGUGGAUGAAUGUAGUGAAAAUUAAUGAAAUGUUUAUAUUCUUUUAUGAAACAUUUACACAACUAUAUUACACCUUUGAUGUAUUAAUCUAAAUUAUUUUGCUGAUUCUGUAUUCCUCGAUAAAUUGCUGCCAUCUUCGAAGUAGGUUGUAAGGUAACUAAGGUAAAAAUAAGAAAUAUAUUCCUAAAUAAUUUGUUUUCAGUGUG